AUGAAGUGGUUGAGUGCGCUUAUAGUGCUUUCGUUUUUAUUUGCGUUUUCAGAUGCUACAAUCAGUGCUAAACUGGACGGUAAGGUAUUUCCUCCCUCUGAAAAACAAAAGAAACAUUUUUCUCUAUGUUGACGCCUUACGGCUAAUGAUCUUUCUGGACUUAUUAAUAGAAACAAGGAUUUAACCCGACAUCGUCUCGUCAAGCGGUCUAUAUUCGUUAAUGGAUCGAUCAGUUUUCGUUGCUAAAUCUGUCCGGUUAUGAGGUUUGACUUUUUCGCCAAGGAAAUUCUCAUGAAAAGUACUUUUGUAUCCGCAAAACAAAUGUUUCUUGUUGCUAUGGUAGCUGCGCGCGUGGUUUUACGUUCAUUUUUUUUUUGUAGCAUGCGCUCCAGAAACGGUUACGCAGCGCAAAUUCUUUUUUGUGUCUCUCCAAAUCAAGGGGUGUUGACCAUUUCAAAGAACCUACAAGAGCGCAAAACUGAAUUUUUUGCUCUCACUGCCAUGAUCAGUAUUCAUUUUUUUUUUUCUGUUUAGAAACUUUUCUGAAAGUUAGUGAGAUGCAGGGCCGAAAUGAUUUGUACCAACACAAGAUGAUGAUGACUAGAAAGUGGGACGACGAGGUUUGGCAAAAUUUAGAUUGCUGAGAAAAACAAAUUGUUGACUGCAAUUAAGAAAUAAUAAAUUUAUAAUUCGAAACCUUGCAUCGCGGGGCAAGACACCUACUCUUGCAGCGUCUUUCUCCAUAAUUACAUACCAGGGAUGCGCGAGUCGCUACAAUCUCGCCCCCAGGAUCGUUUUGGUCAUUUGCCGGCGGUAUGGCUGUCGCUGCAAAGAGCCAAAAUGACCUUGGGCUCGAGACUGGAGUCGUCAAGGAAACCUGAGAAAUUGAGGAGGAUCAGAAAUCUGCGAAGAACUGUUGAACUUUAGAGACUGGAAUAUGCUCCAGCCGCGCGGACCUCUUUUUAAUGUAUUUAAGAUGGAUCAGAAAUGAUUGAACAUAUCAUGCAAAAUGAAAUCGUUUCCAAGCCUUUUCAUGUAAAAUUAUUUUUUGUGUGUGUACAGCAGCUGAUUGCAGUCAAGAUUGAGAUUCCGUCCAUGAAUGUUAAACUGAAGUUGAUUUACGAAAAAGCUUCCAUUGCUGUUAACAGCAAAGCCCAUGGCUACGUCAAACCUGAACUUUCAAAGGUAUUAGAUAUGACAGUUCGUUUAAUGCACCGUCAAGGACCAGUCAUUUCUUUUUGACAAGGGAGAGGGGGUGGAGGAUUUUGGCAGGGAUCACAUUUUUUCUGGGGACAGAGGGAGGAUCGGUCAGCGUCGCUAAUGAGAGUAUACAAAAUGGGAGCCAUAUGAAAAAAUGCCCACGGGGGGGGGGGGGGAAGGGGAAUCAUAGAAAUAUUACAGACCCUUAUGGGGGAUCAAAUAAAUUUUUCCGUGACACAACCAAAAUCUUCCAACGUACCCCCCCCCCUCCCCGUCCUCCCAAUAUCUUUAUUACUUCUAUGUCUUAGAAUACCAAACUAACCGGAAUACUAUUUCUGAUGUCACUUGGCUAAUAACUUCUCUAAAUUGAUAUUGUCAGAUCUUCAAUUGCAAGAAAAUAAUUCAGGAUCUCGGAAACACAACAUGCUUUGAUUACGAGGCUUUCGAGAUUACAAACCCUGGAUUAAUAUCCCAGAUAUGGAAUUUUACAGUGACAGUAAUGACCCAGGUGCAGGACGGUACGGUGGAAUUGACCUCUUGCAUAUGGAAGAAAUGCAUCAUGGUCUCAAGGGCAGUGACUGGCAAAGUAUGGAAUGGACUUGAAGACAUCUGGAUCGGAAUGGUAAAUUGGACUCGCGGAAAAGUCGCAUGGCUUUCAGGCUUGACGUGGAACGGUGCGCGGUGGCUUGGAAAAUUGUUGUGGAGGUGUGCCGAGUGGUUGGCUGAGGUUAUCUUGAGUGGAUUUCAAUGGUUCGCUGAGGUUAUCUGGAAUGGAAUUAAAUUGUUGGCUGGGAUUUUCUGGAAUGGACUUCAACUGUUGGCUAAGGUUAUCUGGAUUGGACUUCAAUUGUUGGCUAGGGUUAUCUGGAAUGUACUUCAACUGUUGGCGGAUGUUACCUGGAUUGGACUUCAAUGGUUGGCUAUGGGUAUCUGGAAUGGACUACAAUUGUUGGCUGGGGUUAUCUGGAAUGGACUUCAAUUUUUGGCGGAGGUUAUCUGGAUUGGACUUCAAUGGUUGGCUAAGGUUAUCUGGAAUGAACUUCAAUUGUUGCCUGAGGUUAUCUGGAAAGGACUUCAAUUGUUGGUGGAGGUUAUGUGGAUUGGACUUCAAAGGUUUGCUAAGGUUAUUUGGAUUGGACUUCAAUGGUUGGCUAAGGUUAUCGGGAAAGCACUUCAAUUGUUGCCUGAAGUUAUCUGGAAAGGACUUCAAUUGUUGGCUAAGGUUAUCUGGAAUGCUCUUCAAUUGUUGGCUGAGGUAAUCUGGAAUGGAAUUCAAUGGUUAGCUAAGGCUAUCUGGACUGGACUUCGACGGUUGAUGGAUUUUACCAUAAAUGCAACAUAUUCGUUCGCCAAGAUGAUCCAAAAUAUGUCAGCUGAGCUGACCAAGAUGAUGACUAACGGAGUUAUGUGGAUUGUUGAACCGUUUGUUCCUGUCGUCUGCUAUAUAACUGACGUUGCUGUCGAGUUUUACUUUGGUUUCCUCCGUGGUAAGUCAAUUGUUCACCAAUUUGAAUUUGACAAGUCAUAAUUGGCCUAGCCGAGGAGAGAGUGACCAUUUCACCUCUCACUUUUUGGCUGGAAUAGAUUAUUAUAAUCAUUAGUAUUAUAACUGUUAUUAUUAUUAUUAUUAUUAUUAUUAUUAUUAUUAUCAUCAUUAUUACUUAACUAUUAUUUUCUCUAUAUAGGGGCUACACGGUGCACUUUAAAGGAUGCUUCAGAUUUCUUCUUAAUUUCGCCAGUUGUUCGACUUUUUCUCAAUUAUUACAUUUGACUCGGCGAAAAAAGUACACAAUUGCUAAUUUUUUUAUGACUUUUCUUUUUUUACUAUUUAUGACAUUAAUUUUGUUUUCCAACAGAACAUGUAAUACAUAUUCAAGCUCGCUUUGAUUUCUUGUCUUGGCAAGAUGGCGUCUAUGCUGUCUUCGCUGGUUUGGCUGUCACUGUCGCCUUCCUGGUUGUUGGUUUUGUCGUGUACCGAUUAUGUGUACGAAUAGUGAAAUACAUCGGACGGAAAUGGUAA